UGAACUGUUUCUGAAUGUCUGCUUUCUAGCUUCUUCCUCCCAGAAGCCAGUGCUGCCUACUAGCUUGACAGUCGUGGAGGAGGAGGUAGUAGUUUCUCUGGUGUCUGCGGUAACCAUAGGCAGUUGUAAGGCUUGCCUCUGUCGCUCUUCUCAUGUUGGGAAUUUUAGUUUAGAAAUUAACGUUUGUUUGUUUUUGUUUUUGUUUUUCAUCGAAAUGCGGCGAUAUCUGCGUGUGCUGCUUGUGUGCAUAGUGUUUGCCUUCUGCUCUAUUUUGUAUGUGUUCAGUGUACUCGCCUCCUCACUGGAAGCACAAGUCGGAGAGACGGGGAGGAAACCGCAGCACAGAACUGCUUUUCUGCAGGGGGACAGCGGGCACGGAGUCAGGAAAGGAGCGGGAAAAACAGGCCCCCAGAAACCGAGCUCGUACGACAGGUGUAAGAGUUUGUCAGUGUCUUACUGGAAUCCCUAUUGGAGACCGCCCCCUGGUGUUUGUGGAAUGAACUGCUUUAUGGAAUCGGCUUUUAGAUACGUGAAUAAAGAGCCAGGUGACUCUGAAGUGUCCAAGAAUUCUCCCAAACCAAUGCAUCUUGCAGUGGUGGCCUGUGGACAGAGGCUAGAAGAGACUGUUACAAUGCUGAAGUCUGCUGUCAUUUUCAGCUUAAAACCUCUGCAGUUUCACAUCUUUGCAGAAGAUCAGCUUCAUGGGAAUUUUAAAGAAGUGCUGGAGUCAUGGCCACAGCAGUUUCGACUGAAGUUUAACUACACGGUUUACUCCAUCACAUUUCCCAGUGAGAAUGCAGCCGAGUGGAAGAAACUGUUCAAGCCCUGUGCUUCACAGAGGCUCUUUCUGCCUAUAAUCCUUAAGGACGUGGACUCUUUGCUGUAUGUUGACACAGACAUUUUAUUCCUACAGCCGGUAGAUGAGAUUUGGUCUUUUCUCAGUAAAUUUAACUCUACUCAGAUUGCUGCCAUGGCUUCAGAGCACGAAGAGCCCCGUAUUGGAUGGUAUAACCGGUUUGCCAGGCAUCCUUUUUAUGGAAAGACUGGCGUGAACUCCGGUGUAAUGCUAAUGAAUAUGACUAGGAUUCGACAAAAACAUUUUAAGAAUGAUAUGACUACUGUUCAUCUUCAUUGGGAUGAGCUGUUAAUGCCACUACUUCGAAAGUACAAGCUGAACAUAACCUGGGGAGACCAAGACUUGUUAAACAUCAUCUUUCACCACAACCCAGAGAGUCUCUUUGUGUUCCCUUGCCAAUGGAACUAUCGCCCUGACCACUGUAUUUAUGGAAGCAACUGCAUACCAGCUGAAGAAGAAGGAGUGUUCAUUCUUCAUGGAAAUCGGGGUGUUUAUCAUGAUGAAAAACAGCCUUCUUUCAGAGCUGUAUAUGAAGUCAUUCAAAAAUACACACUUGGAGAAGAUCCAGUUGAUGCCCUACUGAGACCCCUUGAAGAACAAUUGCAAAGAACAACUCAUAGUUAUUGUGGAAGAGUCAGACAUUUAUUCACAAAGAAAUUGCAGGAGACUGUAAAGACUAUCCAAGGUACUAUCCCAAGAGGAAGGUGAUGUUUUCAAGGUAUCUCUACAUGAUGAUCUGCUCUUGGCUUCAGGAACAUGAACCUAUAAUAUGUGACUAAUGCAGAGGUUUUGGGGUCUCUGAAAUUGUGUCAUAUAUUUUACGAGGAAACAUCAUUCCAAUGUUUUGGAAGUUUAAGAAAAAGAAGCAGCUUUUUUGCUCCUUUCUUAACAAUAGGCAGUGAGAAGUAUUGCUAGUUUGUAAGGAGUUGGGGUCUACUCAGUUUGCGAUUUCAUAGAUCUCAAGGAGGUCAUGAAGUAAGAGUUUGACAAUGAAAAUAACUUUAGUAAUAAAGUUACUAAGUAAUAAGUGAUCUGAUAUAUCAGUUGAAACCAUCUUUACAAUGAGUAGACUGAAUUACAAUCAUCAGGUCUUUGUCUACCAUUUAUUUUGUCCAUAAAAAGCUUUCAAGUGACUCAAGUUAAAUUGGAAGAACAUAAUUUUAUAAGGCUGCAUGAAGCUUACAUUAAGUUUUAAAGCAGGAACCUUACAUGCAGAUGUCGGUAAAUGAUUUGUUCAUCUCUUCAUGUGAUUUUUGAUUUCUUCAGAAAUUGGUUCUUUUACCAGUUGAUCGUCCAGAAUCUACAAAAAAUAUUUUAGAACUUCAUUUUUAACAGCCAAAAUAACAAGUAUAUCUUACUGUAUGCAUUUUUAUUAACUCGUUGGCUGAGAAGGCAAUGAUCUAUCCGUUUUUCUUAAACUGUUACUUUAACUAUCAUCUGUUAAUUCCGCAAUUGUCAUAGGCUCUACAAAAGGCUCUCUAAAGGCAUUUUACAGAGAAAAAACAUAUUGAUAUUUCUCUGCAAAUUAAGUAGACUCUAACUAAGAAGCACUAAUCUGCACAGCUGGCAAAUUGAAACAUUUGGCAGUUGUGUGUUAUGAUGCUUCAUAAUAUGAAGAGGUUACUUGACAAUCAUUUUCUCUAAGGUGGAAAAAAACUAUCGAAGACCUCUUGAAAUACAUGGUAUCACUUUUGGUGAAUGAAAGUCUGUUCUUCUGUUAUAUGGGCAUAUACAUUUAUUCAAAUCUUUGAAAAGUAUCAAUAGGUAUUUUGGUCACUGAACUUUUGAGUGCAGGUCCUGCAAAGGAAAAAGUAAAAAGAGAAAAGGGAAAGGCUACAUUUCUUAAAAUGAAUGAAAUAAUGCAUUUAAAGAAUAUUAAAAUAUCAGAAUAAUUCUUGUCAAAGUGCAGUUUUCAGAUUAUUAUUUUUAGCAUUAUUUUAGAGCUUAACUCAUCCUGUUCAAGUGGAAAAUUUCACAUCACAACAGCAAGUAUAUUUAAUAUUGUGAAUAGCUGUUUUCCCAUUCUUUAAACACAAAAGCAUAAAUAUUCAAUUAUUAAAUUAAAACCAGAAAUUUAAUCCUGUCAUAAAUUCAUAAAUAUACCAACAUAAGAAGCAACACAAUUACAUAUUUCUUAAAUACCAUUUGUGACAGAAGAAUAUUCAGAAAACACAAUUGUGUGCUAAUUAAUGCCAUUGAAGCAAACACAUCCAUUUAGUAAAUCUUUAUGUAUUGGCUUUAAAAACAAAACUGGUUUCAUGUGUAGUUUUGUCUCAUAAUCAAUGGAAAGCAGUUUACAUAUUGACCCUUGUUAAGAAAUUCCUUGUCAUUUCUAGCUAGACUUGAAGCUUGAAUUUUUUAUGAGGACAGAAAGCCCAAGGUUUUGUGUUCCACAAGUAUAGAUAAAAUGCAUUUUUCUCCAUCUCACAGGCAUUUUCUUGUCUAAUGUACAGCAUAAUUUAGAAUCACAAAAUUGCAAAGCAAUAUUGAGAGUUUUAUUUACGUCUUAAUAUUUAAUAUUUUUAAUAAAAUUUAUAGAAAAAUGUUACGUAGGUUGUUCUCAAUGCAGUAUAUAAGUUGCACUAAAUAUGAAUCUGUAAAUGCAAGAUGUUGCUUAAUUGUUUAAUUGUCUUCUGUAACAUGUUUAUUUUGAAACACUCGACAACUAUUAGGGCUUUGGUUCCCAACCAGUACCAUCAUGCAAGAAAGGAUUUGAAAAAAUCAAAUGUGAGAUAAAAUUGAAACAGGCCUCUGCUGUGUGAGAAACAGGACUCUGCUGUUGCUUUUUGCUUUUCAACGGUGUAAACAAACACUUAAAUACAAACUGUUUAAGAUCAGUAGAGAGAAAGACAAUUUCAAAAGUAUAUUUUACAUGUUUAUUAAUACUUAAAUUAUUUUCAUGUUGAUGAAGUAGAGUAAAUGUACCUCAGACUGAAACAUUGUAUUAGAAAGUGUUAUGAUGCUCUGAAAUCAUAUCACUUAAGUCAUAUUUUGUUAGUAAAUACAAGGUUUUUUUUUUUACAAUUACUAAUUUUUACUUGCACAUUGAGUGAAUGGUUUUAUAGAUUCAGAUUCAGUUGCAUUUGCUCAUUUAAAAAUGUAAAUCAUUGAUUUGAAUAGCUGCAAUUUUUAUUCUCUUCUAGGGCAUUUCACUGAAAAAAGAGUUACCAAAGUUUGACAUUAACAAAUGUUUCUUUGACUGUAAAAUUGAACAAAGGGCACAUACCGAUAGCACCAGCAUAAAAACUCGAAAUGUGUCAGGACACUAAACACAAAGCUACUUUACCAAAAUAUGUUAACACCAGCAUUUGUUCUGUGACCUUUUCUGUCUCCUUGUUUCUGACAGGCAAAAGAUCGUUAUAUUGUGCAAGAUCAUUGUGAAAGAUCAUUGUGCAAGAUCAUUGUGCAAUGUCUUUCACCUUAAUUAGUUUUAAAUCUUAAGCUUUAAUUGUAUCCCUCUAUGGUACACACUUCAAAGAACAACAAACAAAAUGCAUCCAUGAAUUUGUAAUGAAUUCGGUCCCAGAAACACAAAUUUGAUCACAGUGUUCAAACAUGCAUUGUACCAUAACUAUUGGACAGCAUUAGAAUAAAAAAUUAAAAAAUUAUAAAAAAUAUAAUUCAAAUUAAAGUGUUCUGAUUUACAAAUAAACUUCUUAGUAUCAUUUCAAGAAAACAUUUUAGCAAUACAUUUUA